UGCCCAUUGAGGGGGCGGGGCUUGUUUUUUCAACGCCGUCUCUGUCUGUAUAUGGAAGGAAAAGGAAUGGAGGAGCAGAAGGAGAACGUCCCUGGGAGGCCGGAGUUGCCCUCAGGAGACAAGGAGGCCGGGACGGAGGCUGGGCCGGGAGCCGCGCCGUCUUUCUGCAAAGGUAAGCAGCGAUGUAGAUUGGAUUGUCAAGAUGAUAAUAAAAAGAAAUCCACGUCCAAUUCAAGUGACUUCAGUGACCCAGUUUACAAAGAGAUUUCUCUGACAAAUGGCUUUAUCAAUAGAAUGAGCAGAGCUGAACUUAGAGCUAAACUUGCUGAAUGCAAGCUUGAAACUAGAGGAGAAAAAGAUGUAUUGAAAAAGAGGUUGAAAAACUACUAUAAGAAGGAAAAAUUGAUGCAGAAGCAAUCCAUAAAUGCAGAGAAUUACUAUGAUUACAUCUGUGUUAUUGACUUUGAAGCAACAUGUGAAGAAGGAAAUCAACUUGAAUUUACACAUGAAAUAAUUGAAUUUCCUAUUGUCUUAUUAAACACUCAGACAUUAGAAAUAGAAGAUACAUUUCAACAAUAUGUGAAACCAGAGAUUAAUCCACAGCUUUCAGAUUUCUGCAUUAAUCUGACAGGAAUCUCUCAGGAGCUUGUAGACCAAGCAGAUGAAUUUCCAAAGGUUCUACGGUCUGCUAUAGAUUGGAUGAAACAGAAAGAACUAGGAAGCAGAUAUAGUUAUGCUAUAUUAACUGAUGGGUCUUGGGAUAUGAGUAAAUUUUUAAAUAUCCAGUGUCGUGUGAACCGUCUGAGAUACCCUACGUUUGCUAAGAAGUGGAUCAAUAUUCGCAAAUCCUAUGGGAACUUUUACAAGAUUCCCAGAAACCAGACUAAACUAUCAACUAUGCUUGAAAAGCUUGGAAUGGACUAUGAUGGACGGCCUCACAGUGGGCUUGAUGAUUCUAAGAACAUUGCACGAAUAGCAAUCCGUAUGCUUCAGGAUGGAUGUGAACUCCGGGUGAAUGAGAAAUUGCAUGAUGGACAGCUGAUGACGGUUCCCUCCUCUGUCCCAAUAGGGGGAGCUCCUGUACCACAGAUGCCUGGGUUUCGAUAAAGACCACAAUUGAGUCAUGCUGUAUUAAGGACUCUAUCCAAGACUAUACCUAGGAUUUCAGAAACCGGUGCUUGUUCCCAAGUUUAACACUUUCCUAGCAUUGAAAAAUUUGCUACAGCAUCACCAGUGUUUUUUAAAUAAUGUUUGUUACUUUUUAUGUCCUCCUCAAUUGACUAUACUAGGUUUAAUAUAAAUUAUCCAGGUGGUUGUUAAAAUGUUUUUCUAUAAAAUAAACUAAAGAAUGAAGCAUAGUGUGAUGCAGCAUUGCUUCUCUGGCCCUUUUCCAACAUACAAGUUUCUGUUUGACUGGCAAACAAAAUGAGUCUUACCAUCUGUUAGUAUUUGGUAACUCACCUGUUUUUUUUUUUUUUUUUUUUUUUUUGGUAAAUCAUGCAGCAACAAAGAGAGAUUCAGGGUUUUUUAUUUUGUUCAUCUUUAACCCAAUUUGUAGAACUUUCAUACAGUAAAAAAGCACUUAAUCUUUUUGUACUAAAAGUAUUUUAGGGCUGUGUCAAGCCAAGAUUAGGCACUUUUUAGUCUCAUUAAGUUCAGCUAACACUCCUUGAAAUCAGUGCACCUUAAAUGUGCUUAACUUUGGAUCAUGUUUCUGAUUAUUUUUCUUCCUCUUACAUAUCACAUGGUGUGGUGUGACUUAUUCAAGACUACUCUACCUCUGUUGUAAAAAUGUAAGUGGAGAGGCAUAUUUCCUUAAUAAUUUAAUAUACAAUUGAGUUUAGGUUUCGAUAUGAAUAUUUUAAUAGCUCAUUCCUAUGACCAAAAUAACUUUUUACUCUGUUUUGUGUAUGUGUGUAUAAUAACUUACUAUGUCAAACUAUUGGAAGAUGCUUUAAACCCUCAUUUUGAAGUUUCAGGUCAUACUUUGUAAGAUUUGCCUUAAUAAAUACAGCUCUAGUUUCUAGUGGCAUAGAAAAACAUUACAUGUGUAUGCAAUACAGUCCUCCCUACCGAUUCAUGGGGAAUCCUUUCCAGAUCCCACCACAAAUCUGGAAAAAUUCAAAUGUUUGAGUUCCCAUGUGUGCCACUGUGCACACGCCUCAGGCAUGGGUGCCAUUUUGUCCCUCUGCACUUGCUGUCUGCAAUGGAGCGAGACCACGGACUCCAAGUCUGCAAACGGGGAGGGAUGAGUAUAUUUGAAUAUAUUUACACAUAGCAUUUGCCUGUGUUGGUGAGCAGUUGGUUUUACUUUUUGAACUCAUUUGUUUAUUACAUUUUCAUUCUGCUCUUCUUCCAGGAAGCUUGCUUAGAUUAUAUGUAUGUGUUGUCCUUUGUUAUCUAGAAAAGAGAGAGAAAGUUAGCGACAUUCCAGCCUAGAUUUUCCAAGCCUGACAGACCUGGUCUGUGCUUCACAGAUCUUGUUGUGAAUAGAAAGAUCAUGUUAUUCAACUAUUUUACAACAAUCUGUGUUAUGAGUUUGUAGUAGGAUUGGGAUUUGAAUCUUGCACCUAGUGAUUCACAGCUCAUGCUCUAAUUUGCUCCACUAACUCUUCUCUUGUGUACACCUUGUGUACAGUUUUCAGAAUGAAAGUUUUAUGUUAUUUGAUUAAAAACCUAAUAUAGUUUUCACUUUGUGUGCUUUAGUGUUCGUGUACCACAACCUAAGUGCCAAGUAGUCUAGUAAAUUUGCCCAGUCUCUGCACCAUCACCCCAAGUCUCCUGGCAUCCAGUACUGGUAUCACACAAUUGGUAUGCAAACAUGCAGUUAGAAAUACCUAUGAUAUUAGUACAAUUUAAAUAAGAAUUACCCAUUCAAAAGGUAUCGUGGCUACCCUUGAUUCAGCUUUGGUAGAACAAAUUUCUAUUUUUGAUCUACAGAAGUAACUAGAUGCAAUUCUAACAAGCUAAAGAAUCCUGUGCAGUCUAGCCUUACCAGAUGAUGCUAUCACUAUGUCAAUUUUCACAAUGGGAAACUACUUAACCAAACAUGUGUUCAUUAUCUUUAAAAUGAACACUGUUACAUGAAAGUUUCUCAUCUGAACAAGAAUUGCUAUCCAAGAAUGUAGAAUUUGUUUUUGACUAUAUGUUUCUUGUGGUGUUUUUGUUUGUUUUUGUAAAAUUAAUAGCUCAGCAAUUUAUUUAGCUAUAAAUUCUGCUGAAGAAGUUCCAUUUGUUAGCAAAUGUUUUGUGUUGCUUCUUGGAAUUAAAAUCCUCGGUGAUAUUUUUGCCAAUAAAGGUGAUGAAUGUUAAA